CAAGUUUCAGUCAUGCCAUUGGACACUUACAUGGGUCAUGGCUUCCGAAAGGAUCUUUUUCAAAUGGUGGCAGAUUUGAAACCAAAGUUUAUGAGAUUUCCUGGUGGCACGUAUGUUGAAGGUGAUCAUCUGCAAAACAGAUAUCAGUGGAAAGACACAAUUGGACCAUGGGAAGAGAGACCUGGUCACUNCAAUGAUAUCUGGAACUACUGGAGUGAUGAUGGAAUUGGUUAUUUGGAAUAUCUCCAACUAGCAGAGGACCUUGGUNCAUUGCCCAUAUGGGUGUUCAACGCUGGUUUCAGCCGUCAUGAACAAAUUAAUCCAUCAGAUUUAGCUCCUUACGUGCAGGAUGCCCUUGACGGCAUCGAGUUUGCAAGAGGCUCUCCUGAAUCAAAGUGGGGUUCUGUUAGAGUUGGAUUGGGACAUCCUAAACCAUUUGAUUUGAGAUAUGUUGCCAUUGGAAAUGAAGAUUGUGAGUUUUCUAAUUAUCAAGGAAAUUACAUUAAGAUAUAUGAGGCUAUAAGAUAUGCCUACCCAGAUAUUAAAAUAAUCUCAAAUUGCGAUGCUUCUGGCACACCAUUAAACCAUCCAGCUGAUUUGUUUGAUUUUCAUACUUACACAAACUCCAAAGACUUAUUUUCCAAAUCUACUCAGUUCGAUCACACGUCACGAUCUGGUCCAAAGGUAUGAACUCUGUCCAAUUAACUUUUUAUAGAUUGUUCAUUGAUGCAUAUCGUGAAAAGUCAAUGUGUUGUAUGAUUGUAUAGGCUUUUGUGAGUGAGUAUGCUGUAUGGCGAGAAGAUGCUGGAAAUGGAAGUCUUCUAGCUGCAGUGGCUGAAGCUGCAUUUCUUAUUGGCCUUGAAAAGAACAGGUUUUGUUCUUUUUUUCUUUUAAUGCAA